AUGAGCAUUGACUUCAUUCUCAACUGGAAAGCUCCUGACGGUUCAUUUUCAGAAAGCUUGCAGAGUCUGAAAGGGGGAAAUUCACAGCAGCAUUCAGAAUGGAAACUGGUCAAGUUUCGUCAGUACAUAGAAGGACGGAUCCAUCUGGUCAGAGAGUGUGACUAUUCUGGUGGCGACUCUGCCGCUGACAUGCUGCAUACAUCCCAUCUUGGUUUAAAGACACUUGGCAAUUUGGCUAUCCUUACCUUGGUAAGUUACUCCAUUUAUUCUACUUACUGGCUGAAUUCUGCUCACACAUGCUCCCUUUGUUUAGUUCCUACAGACUACGGCAAACGAGUUUACCAAGGAGUGAGAGUGAAACACACAGUCAAAGAUCUCCUUGCUGAAAAACGAUCAAGACAGACCAGCGGCUCCCGAUUCAGCGGCAGUGCCAGCACCCCUCCAUCUCCAUUUGUCCAAAUGUCAGGCUCCACGGCCAUGUCUGGUUACUAUGGAGUUCGGAGACCAUUCAUGUCGGAUUUGGAUUUCCACAACACUAAGCCGCUUUCAAAUGAUGUUUAUGCUUCAUCCCUGGGGGCAAAGUCCUUUCCAUGUGACUCCUCUGCCGUUCAAGGGUACCCGCCGCUACUGGACCCCUACUUCACCGAGGACUAUCGUGCUGCUGCUGUAACACCCAGCUCUAGCUCCCUUUUCAGCACCUCCUCGCUGCCCCCGCUCCUGCCGCCCUUCCCCAGUGAUUCAGCACAUUUCUUAAUAAGAGACUCCUGGGAGCAGGCCAUGCCUGACAGCCUCAACCAAUCAGAUGCUGUGUGCUCAGAUUCCCUACAAACCUUGCCCACAACUACCAACUGCCUCACCUCUCACGAGACUGGAAGCACUUCCCAGUAUAGAAGCUCGAGCUGGAGUUCUGCCAUCCCAGGAGCCCAGUCCUACCCUUUGCAUGCUUUUGAAGAUGUCCACUACGUACCCAGUUACCCUGCCACCUCAUCCUAUUCCUUUUCACCAUUUACGGCUGUAACGAAUGACCUACCUCCCAAGACUCUCCCCCUCUCAUCAGAGGAACCCUUAGAUACAACCUCCCUUCAUGACAACUCCUCUUGGGCAAAAGAAGAUGGGAGUCCAGUCUGGGGGACAUAUGAAUGCCGAAGAACUUACUGAGGAAAGCUCACAGUUGGUGACAAAUUAGAAUUAACCUUCACUCAGACAGCUGAAUUGAUUGUAGGAUAUUUCCCUAUAAUUAAUCAUUGAAAAUUGAGGACAGUGAUAACAUCCUUUAGGCAAAAAUGCUAUGAAGGAAAUAUUCAUUUCUAAAAUCAGCACAUUACUUAAUGCUCUGUUUAACAAUGUAAUUGUUAGGGUUACUGUGUAGCUUGUAGACAACGGUCUCAAUCCAAUGCCCAGAGAAAGUCAACGUAAAAAGUCCAAUGACUUCAGUGGUCUUUGGAUCAGUCCCAGUUCGGAAAGCAACCUUAAGAAACAGGACCUCAUCUUUUUAGCUGAUAAACCAUGUCUAUUUAAACAACAGAAGAUUUGUAGAAAGUGAUUCUACAAAAAGAUAAUUAUGGAGGGGUAGGAUGGAAGCCUUUUCAAAUAAUUUAAGUUCUGUAUAGUGAUAUCUUACUAUAUACUACAUACAUGUAAAUUCCAAAUGCCAAUGUUAUGUAAAUAUGGCAUUGUCCUAGGGUGAUAGUUAUGGAAGGGAUAGUAAAUACAUGGUGAACUUGGACAGACAGCAUACCAGGCUAUGACAAAUAAACUUCUGUAACCUGAAAUCCGCCACAAUGGAUUGCUUCAAGGAAAAUUAAGAUUGCUGUGUACGAGUGCUUAUCUGUUACAGUGGUUUUCAUACCCAAAUAAUUACUAUUUGUUAUUAUUCAUUUAUUGUGUGUAAUGCUCCAAACAGCUCCAAGCCCCCCUUGUGCUAUGCAAAUACAUAGUGACAGUCCCUGCCCAAAGAGCUUGUAAUCUAAAACCCAGAUCCUGCAAAGACUUAACUUUAAACAUGUAAAUGGUCCCACUGACUUCAAAGACACUGCUCCGGGGUGCAGAGGUUUGCCUGUAUGGAUUCAUUUGCAGGUUGAAGGCCAAUGUUUCUCCCAAAGCCAUUCUAAAUCAGAGCUGUAUGAGUAUUUCUAGAAGCACAGAGGAAGAGGUGUGUGUAUAUAAAUUAUACGAUCAUAUUUUGAAGGCCCAUAAUUUUACAUCCCUAACUUUGUUUUUUCCCCUAAUGGCAAGGUCCAUUAAACUCAAAAUAUCCCUUUAUUAUUAUUUGCAUUGUGGUACUACCUAGCAGUCCCAGCCAAUAUCAGGGCCCCGCUACGCUAGGUGCUGUAUGAACACAGUGAGAGAUAAUCCCUGUCCCAGAGAUCUGAAAAUCUAGAUAAGGGAUACAAAAAGGUGGGAAGAAAAACUAAGUACAGUGGGGAAAGCCUGUUGAUUUCACUGAGAGUUAGGCAUCUAAAUAUGGUUGAGCAUCUGGGCCAAAAUGACAUCUCUAAGAUCCCACCGCAGGAUACUGGCAGAACCAGGAAUAGAGCCCAGGUCUCCGUAUCACAGGCCAAUGUCCUGUCCACUGGAUCAUACUACUCUUUUGCCAAGACGACACUUAAUUACUAUUUUUUUUUCUCAUGUGAUGAAAUUCAGCAGCCUAGAUCUCACAAGCAGCCCUACAACAGCCAGCCAGGAAGGAGUGGGAGCAAUAUGCAAUGGAUAAAAAACAAUUGUAAGGAAACAAAUGGUAGUUUCAUGCUUCCAAAGAGAUUAUAGAAACAGAAGUGAGAAAAUACAUUUUUAAACUGAUUACAAAGUACCUCAGCUGUGUCCCUUUAAAAAGCAUAUCAGAACUUUAACCAAUGUGUGUUCAUGUCUUCACACCCCCCAAAGCCAGCUGUUCGCUCCCUUGCAAAGAGCCCUGUGAGUUGAAAAAAAGAUGUGUGUCGCCAGGAGCUCUGUGUGGCCACUAGAGGUAGCUGUACACACACACGGAACCAGGCCUGUCCCUUUUGUCUGCACAAAGCACAAACCAGAACCUACAUCAAUUAUUAGGUUUCUAGUUAACUUCUUGUGUUAGUAGCAAUUUUGUUUCCAGAGCAGGUGAUGCCGUCUCCUUUGAUGGGGAAUGCUCCCUUAGCGUGGCAACAGGAAAGAAGCAAUUUUUUAGUUUAGAAGACAUCGGACAUGAUUAUCAUGGGUAAAUCCUCAGGUCUAUCUGAAUUAUGCUCAGCACAAGGCCUGAGGAGUGUGGGGGAGACAAGGUGUUUAAAGCUAUAUUUGCACCCUCUCCCCUCACCGAUUAGAUCCUGGGGGCAGCCAGGGGCAUCAAGGCUGCUCUAAUCUCCACCAGCUAGUAACAGCAAUCCAGGGGUUGUUACGCAGUCAGUGGGAUCCUAGGAGACAAAGGUACUCCCGCCACACCUUCUCCUGUCCCAACUAUGCACUUAACCCGGAGGGGAUGGGACCAUGAGGAGGUUGUGUAGAGGUGACGAUACCAGCCAGGGAUUCCUCUGCAAUGGGGGACUGUCCACAUGGCAGCAAUGCCAAAGGGUCCAAGAUGGAACUGAGGAUUUGCCCCACACAAUCAGUGGUCAUUUCAGCGGCUUCUUAGAAAUCAGUUAUGAGCACAGCAGGGAGCUCCUCCCAUUCUGGCUGCUCACACAUUUCAAUCAGGCAGUGAGAAAUCGGGGCCUUUAAAGGUGUGUAAAGCAUUCUCAAGGAUUUCUCCAAACCUCCUAAGGGAAGAAGGGCUCUUCCCUGACUGACCCAGGAACACAGACCUCUUUGCUUUUUACAAUUUGCUGCACAACCACGAAUGGCUAGUUUAAACAACCAAAGCCUCUGGUACUGUGUUUGCAGUGCUGGGUCUGACCAAAGGUCUGUCUAGCCCAGGAUCCUGUCUUCUGACAGUGACCAAUGCCAGGUGCCCCAAAGGGAACGCACAGAACAGAUAAUGAUCAAGUGAUCCAUCCUCUGUCGCCCAUUCCCAGCUUCUGGCAAACAGAGGCUAAGGACACCAUCCCUGCCCAUCCUGGCUAAUAGCCAUUGGGAACAAAAAUAAACCCUAAGGGAGCCCAGCCCCAAGAAUGCGGAUAUUACUCCAAUUACUGGGAGCUGCUGAGCGCUGCCCUCCUUCAAAAUCUGGCCCCAGUUACACAUGCAGAGCAUGUUAGAAAGUGUCCCCAGUAAUUAGGUAUUUUGAAAUGCUCGGUAGCUCUUGUCAGUUCUCUACUCAAGCUACACAUGACCAUCCAGAAUGCAAACUGGUGAUUGAUCACCUUCAUACCCAGCAAUGCCCCUAAUGCAUGAGAGUUUAUUAGGUACCCCUUUGCCCGCCUAAGAUAAGAACGUGUCAAUUGGAUCAUCUUUCUUGGUACCACGCAUUAUUUUUAAGAUUGGCUAGUUGUCAUGGCAAAAAAAAAAAAAAAGGAAAAGUCACAAAUUUAGAAGGGGGGAAAGGAAUCUAUGUGAAGGAAUCUACACUUUCCUUUGCAAGGAUUAUUUAAAUCCAUCUAAUAAUAAAACUCCAAGUUUUAAAAAAAUCUCAGGUUAGGGCCAAGUCUUUCUUCUAUGAAAGCCCCCCCACCCAAAGCUGAGAUGAUGUUCAUAGCCCUUCUCCAGACGGGUUCCAUUUCUGACCUGUCUUUGAGCGUAGGCUUGUUUUUGUGCCCUCUGUCGCACCAGUGACUCUAGUAUCCCUCUUGUGGGAGUAUCAGUUACACAAGCAUCUGAGGGCAGGUUUGGGGCCUGUGUGCGGCUGCAGUACUGAAGGCCGCCCCUAGCACCAGGGCUUACCCUGCCACUGACUCACUGGUCCUUAGAAAGCCCUGCUCCCUUGGCAAAACCCACUUUUGUGACCCCUGCCCCACUUUGCAGUGCAUCACCUGCCCAGCUGGCACCCAGCUGUCUGGGUGCUGGGCUGCCUAUGGGCCAGCGCCACCCCCCUGCAGAAGGGGCGCGGACAGUCACUGUCUUCCCGCCCCAGAGGGGGCACGUGGAACGGCCGGUUCUGGGUUCGGCCUGAAGGCGGCGCUCUUCGUCCCAGGGCCAGAAGCUCGCCGGGGGCUGGCCAAGUUUUAUUUUGCAAGUGGCCUUGGGCCGGGCCGGGCCCGCCCCUCCCCUGCAGCCUAGGCGGCACAUGGCCCCGGCUUCACACCUCUGGGCUCCAGCCGGGCGAGGUUUCCCUCUCGCGCCUCUGACUCCUCUGCCCUUGAGGUUAAAAAAAACCAACCCCCCAGGCCCACGGAGCUGGAACCCUGCAGCCGGGGGGGCCGCCCUGGCCCCCGGCUCCAGUGGCUCAAAUUCCCUCCUGGAACUUCCUGAUUCUCCAGCCCUGUUCAGACCUGUCUGGAGACAAACCCCCGAGGCGUCGCUGGCGUGUAAACUCCCCGUCCUGCGCCGCCGGCUCCGCUCGCCUCUGGUUACUUUGGGCGGUGGCCACUUUUCUCCCGGCCGGCUCCUCUGCUCAAGGGGGUCGGGAAGGGAGCACUGCGCCUGACCCCCCUCCCCGGGAAAACGGCCUGCGGCGCAGCAGGUUCACACGAGCCCAGGGCAGGAAGCGGAGCAGGGCGCAGAUUCCGCUCACCCCGCUUGUCGCUCACAGGCUUUACAGCCGCUGCGCUCCCGGGGCCUCCCGCUGGUGCGAGCGCGGAGGCGCCCGGGAGAAAGCACCGCACCGCUGAAGCCCCCGGCGACUGGGGCACGUGGGGGUGGUUUUGCCUCCCCGCCCUGCAAUUGACGAGCUCCGACUCCAGCCAUUUUACAACCGCCCAUAAAAACCUCGGUCAAUUUCCGGUGCGGGGCGAGCGAGCAAAAGCCGGGACCAGCCGCUGGGCCGGUGGCGACGAGCCCUGGGUUGUAAAAGCCGGGACCAGCAGGGGAGCAGGGGCCCAGCGCUGGCCAGCUGCAGGGGCUGUGCAAACGCUGGUUACAAGGGGCCCCUCCCCGGGCCGGGGGAAGGCGCCAGUGGGUUGGCUCGUGACCACGGAGGGGCUGGUGCGGGAAAUAUGGGGAGGACA